CUGGCGCAGAAGGCAUACUGUUGUUAACAGCUGUGGACAAAAGGCAGGCUCGUGGAAGGAGAGUACGAGGAGCUAGAACGUGGGCUUUGCAAAGACAAGAGGCUCUCAGGGCACGUAAAGGACAAGGUACGACAGAGACUUGCUCGUCGUUCGCACGCUCAACGGUUCCCCUCUACACCGUCAAAACAUGACCUACAAACUCCUUCUAGCCACUCUGCCAAUUGCGGGCUCGGUCUUCUACCUCACGUAUCUGCACCUUAACCUCUCUCGUAAAGUUCAAUGUCAAACGAAGCCUUACCCACAAGACAAAACCAUUACCCUACCGAGUACCAUCCAGAACAGGCCAGAAAAGUACAUCAUCCACCACGAACGCGCGCGCAAAUCAAUCCCCACCGCUUCCCUUGGAACAUACUCCAAACCAGAAACGCUGACGCUCCUCCUCCGACACACAAUGGCUACGUUUUCCAGACAGCCUCCUGCGUGGGGCAUCUGGUACUUGAUCAAAGACGCCAAAGACCGAGGCACAUUCGAUUCAGCAUAUAUUCGGUCCCUCCAAUUUGCGCCCGGAGAUCGUGUCUGCGGAGUCUAUGUUGUGAGCUCUCGAGAUGCGGAGCGCGUCACCCUGGCUUUGGAUGCUCCUGAAAGUUACUCUGGACCGCUCGUUGAGGGAAUGCUGGUUGUUGAGGUCAAAGAGGAGGGAAGUGAAACUACUUUCAUAAACCAUACGGUCAUGUGGCGGGAGAAGGGAAAAGGUCGUGCUGGGGCCCUGGAGAGCGCGGGUGGGAGGUGGAUGCAUGGUUUGAUGGUAAGAAGACUCGUCGAGAGCGGCGUGCAGCGGUUGCUGGCAGAGCUCGGAGAUAAGAAGGGAUUAUGAGACGCACUGAAUUAGCAUCUAUUAUAGGGGAGGUCUCUUUAAUUAGAUAGCGGACUUCGGAGCUUCGCUUCGCUGGCUUGGUGGAUCGUCCUCUCCUCCUCGUGGCAGCAACUUACGACUUCAUCACUUGCGGCCCCCUCACCUGCGACCGUGCUCACGGUGUAGGCAUCUACCAGCCUCAUCGUGGCCCCGCCAGCAGCGCGAUCUCACCAACUUCUAUUCGUCCAACG